CAACUUCAAGUUGCGCUGGUCGACAACGGUCCCAAACGCGUUAUCCAAAUUUACCAAGGGGGGCGGUCGCAAAGGACAAAUGGCGUCCCAAGGACACUCCUACGAAGUCUCUCUGACUGGCGAAUUCUUCGCAAAAGACCUCCGUCCAAUCCUCAACCGCAUAACCCUCAACAGCGAGUCUGCCCAACCGAUACAUAUUCGUGAGGUCGUCUUUGAGCCUCUAGAUGCUCAGUACCACCGUGACAGAGGGGUCGAACCUGUCAUGCUGAGAGCUAAGAAGGAGACAAGUACAAAGGACUCACCCUGGGAAAUGUAUUCAUAUCUCAAACCCGAAUCGACAAGAACUUAUCCAGACGCGACUGUCCGACCGUGGGCCACUAUCCAUGUAACAGGGGACGCUCUACAAUUCGCAGCCGCCCUCGGAUACAUCCGGAAAACCCAGCUUUACAAGCGUGGAUACUCGUUCAGACGAGGUCCUCUCAUAAUCACCAUGUUCCAGCAAGAACAGGCUGACCCCAAAACAGAGAAGCCAAUCCCAGCGCACGCGGAUACACUCUGGCAAGUCGAAGUCAAGACUGCCGCCCCCAUUCGUGAUACUCCAGUCCAACUUGCCAUCGACCAGCUGCUCGAGUUCCAGACGUUGAUGAAGGGGUUGUUGGACCUUCGGAGACAGGACAUCUAAAGACAAGGUAUUCAUGUCGCUACAUGAUGAAUGGGAUAGCG